AUGAGGGACAUGGGGAUAUGGGGACAUGGGGGGGACAUUGGGGACAUUGAGGGACAUGGAGACAUGGAAGACAUUGGGGGACAUGGGGAUAUGGGCAACAUGGGGGGACAUGGGGGCAACAUUGAAGAUUUUGAGGGGCAUGGGGACAUGGAGGACAUUGGGGGACAUGGGGGACAUGAGGAUAUGGGGGACAUGGGGGAUAUGGGCCACAUGGGGGGACAUGGGGACAUGGGGGGGACAUUAGGGACAUUGAAGGGCAUGGGGACAUGGGAUGAGCUGCUCUACCCCUUCGGGUCAAGCGCAGGGGACAAGGCCACCCCCCGUGAAGACGACGGGAUGAGCCCCAAGAUCAUCCUCGAGGAGACCUUCUCCUUCUAUGGACAACCCCACCACUCCCUCUAUGUCAACAACAACGGGGUGGUGUCGUUUGGGACAGGAGUCCCCGAAUUCACCCCCCAGCCCUUCCCGCUGCCCGGCCACCGCCCCUUCGUGGCCCCAUACUGGGCUGACGUGGACACCAGACUGGGAGGAGAAGUCUUCUACCGGCAGAGCCGGGAGCCGGAGCUGCUGGCCCGCCUGGCUCGUGACCUUGUCCCCGCGGUGGCCCCCUCUGACCCAGCCCCCCGGCCCACCUGGGCCUUCGUGGCCACCUGGCAUCGCGUCUCCUUCUUCGGGGCCGCCUCCGACAAGGUGAACACCUUCCAGGCCGUGUUGGCCACCGAUGGGGCCACCUCCUUCGUCAUGUUCAACUACGGUGACAUCCAAUGGACCACGGGCAUCUCCAACGCCGGGGAUGCCCACACCGGCCUGGGGGGCAUCCCGGCCCAGGCUGGGUUCAACAGCGGGGACGACAUCCACUACUACAACAUCCCGGGCUCGCGCUCGCCGGCGGUGCUGCGCAUCGGCCACAAAAGCAACGUGGGGAUCCCGGGGCGCUGGCUCUUCCGCGUGGACGAGUUCACCGUCACCGAGGGACCCCCCAGCCCCUCACUGCCCCCCGACACCCCCCCGCCGCCAUCCCCCACCCCACGCACGACCACUGAGGAGAGGGUGUACAUCUGCGAGUGGUGA